AUGGCACCUCACGCGGAAGACUCGCCGGUCGGUGUGGCUGAGAAUGGUCAUACCGUGCCUGUGAAUGAUGGACAGGCGCCUUUGGAGCCGGGCGUUAAGAAGAACAUUGCGCAGGGCAAGAUGAUUGAGUUCCCUCGACCACCGAAGUUCGACGACAAGUACAAGGAGCGAGAGUAUCUCAAGGGCCGACUCGCUGCUGCGUUCCGCAUCUUUGGAAAGUAUGGAUUCGAUGAGGGCGUCGCCGGCCACAUCACCCUCCGCGACCCAGUCCACCCAGAUUGCUUCUGGGUCAACCCAUUCGGUGUCGCUUUCAGUCUGAUCAACAAGUCCGACCUCAUCCUCGUCGACCACUCCGGUCAAGUCAUCGACGGCGGCGAGUGCCGACUCCUCAACACCGCCGCGUACAUGAUCCACGCCGCCAUCCACUCCGCUCGCCCAGACGUCAACUGCGCCGCCCACAGCCACUCGAUCUACGGCCGAACAUGGUGCACAUUGGGUCGCAAGAUUGAUACCCUCACGCAAGAUGCUUGCGCUUUCCACGACGACCAUGUCGUAUAUGACAGCUUCAAUGGCGUUGUGUUGGCUGAGAAGGAGGGCAAGGAUAUCGCGAAGUGCUUGGGAAACAAGAAGGCUGCGUUGUUGCAGAACCAUGGCCUGUUGACCGUUGGACACAGCAUUGAAGAGGCCGUCUUCUGGUUCGUUUCAUUGGAGAAGUGCUGCCAUUCGCAGCUCAUGGCUGAGGCGGCCGCUGCGUCUCGCGGUGAAAAGCCGAUCACGAUCGGUAGCGAGGAGGCUGCGUACACAUACAAGACGGUUGGAACCCAUCGCGCUGGCUGGUUCGGCGCGAAACCGCUGUUUGACAUGGUCCACAAGGAGACGAACGGAGAUUACCUUCAGUAA